UGCAGAAUAUUGACAUAGCAACCAGGCGACAGAGCCACCAGGUUUUUACACUCCGUACUUAUUUUCGCUGUUUCCCCUGCAUUCAAGCUUCUCAUAUGUACUUUCGACCGCUGCCAUGAAUGCGGCGGUGGUUAAAAAGACCCAGGACACGCUGGGCAAAGUGAUAAAGAAGCCGCCUCUCACGGAGAAACUGCUAAGCAAGCCGCCGUUUCGAUACCUGCACGACAUCUUCAGUGAGGUCAUCAAGUCCACUGGUUUUAUGAAAGGCCUGUAUGGAGAAAAUGAAAUGAAGUCAGAUAAUGUUAAGGAUAAGGACUCUAAGAUAGAUUUCCUCCAGAAAGCGAUAGAUGUCGUGAUGCUGGUGAGCGGAGAGCCCCUGGCGGCAAAGCCAGCGCGCAUCGUGGCCGGCCACGAGCCCGAGAAAACCAAUGAGUUCCUGCAGGCCUUAGCCAAGUGCUGCACCAACAAGUUGUCCAGUGACGAUGCAGUGAAGCGAGUGCUUGCAGGAGAAAAGGUGGACAUAAAGACCAAAGCCGGCACCUCCAGGUCCCAGGACAAGGAGAACAGGGAGGGACGGGAACGCCAUCCAGACAGAGAGGAGAAGAAAACGAUCACAGAGCGCAGCGGGAGCCGAGAGCAGAAGGACCCGGACCAGCCCAAAGAGCAGGAGAGACGCAGGGACGGGGACAAAGAGCAGCACCGGGACAGGGAGCGCUCCGACAAACACCAACGCGCUGAGCAGGACCAACACGCCAAGGACAAGAGCCGGGACCGGGAGAGAGACAAGGAGAAAGACAAAGGACGAGUCAAAGAAAGGGACAAGGACAGGGACAAGGAGAAGGAAAGGGAUAAGGAUAAGGACAGGGAGAGGGACAGAGAAAGAGGGAAAGACAAGGAGAGAGACAAAGGCCGAGAAAAGACGAGAGACAGGGAUUCACGCGGGGACCGGGAACGAGACAAGGAGAAACGAAGAGACAGAGACAAAGAGCGGGAAGAGAGGAACAGAAGUGGAGAGAGCGGCAACAGCAAGGCCAGAGUAUCAGAGGAACCACAGCAGAAACCCAUCCCUGAGCCCAAAACAGCCAAACCUGUGCCAGUGCCUGCAGAAGCAGUUGAGAACCAGUCUGACAGUCCAGCUAGAAUACCUCGGCCUUCAUCUGCCAAAGGGCAGAGGAGGAGACCCAAAAUUGGAGGUCAAGAUGAAUCUGACAGUGAAGGAGAUGGAGAGGCUCUGUUAGUCCAGAGAACUGCCCCCCUUGAAAAUGGAGACACUACAGUACCAUCAGACAUGGCCUCCAGGGGAAUACCUCGGCCCAGCAGCGCCCGCCCUGCCCCGCCCCGAGUCAAGAAACAGGAGAGUUACUCUGAAGUGACCCCAGCUGAGAGGCUGUCCAGUGCCAAGCCCUCAGCGCCAGUCAUCCUGGAUGGGAAGAGGGAGUCUGAGGAUGAGGAGGAUGAAGAUGAGCAAUUUCUCGUGGAGGAGGCGAUCCCCCCGCCUCCAGAUGCUUCUGAUAUGGACGUGGGGUCUGCACAAGAACUCGACAGUGAAGACAAACAUGGUGGCCUUGUGAAAAAGAUCCUUGAGACCAAAAAGGACUAUGAAGUGUCCCCAUCCUCCCCCAAAGCUAAAGAACAGAACGUGGUGUCUGAAGCAGCGCGGAAGAAAGAGCGGGACAUCGUGUCGCGUGAGAUCGAGCGGCUGCGCACCUCCAUCCAGACGGUGUGCCGCAGCACUCUGCCUCUGGGGAAGAUCAUGGACUACAUACAGGAGGACAUGGACGCCAUGCAGGCCGAGCUGCACACCUGGAGGCGGGAGAACAAAGAGCACGCACAGGCCCUGCUGCAGGAGCAGAGAGCGACAGACAGAGCUGUGGAGCCCCUUAAGUCAGAACUAGUAGAGCUGGAUCAGCUGAUCAGAGAACAGCAGGACAAGAUCUGUGCUGUGAGAUCCAACAUACUGAAGAAUGAAGAUAAGAUUCAGAAGAUGGUGACUGGAAUCAACUUCUCCUCCAGAGCCUGAAGUGAGAAACAAGAUCCACUGAGUAUAAACUCUCCUAAAAACGCACUGAAGAUUAGGAACCAACAGUGUCUCAUUCAGAAUAAUGGUCUUACCAUUUUUCUCAGAGACGAUGUGGAAUGGGACCAAACACUGCACUUUUAAAGUUUUGUCAGAGAUGGACCCGAGAAAAUCAGACACCAUAUGUCAGAUGUUAGAUAAUAAAAGCUACAUAUGAUGGCAUGGUGAUCUGACUAUCCUCACACGUGCGGUGACGGAUCAAAUAAUAAAAUAUUUUCCUGCUCUGCACUCACAUAACCACAUCAGUUACUCCUUUUUUGUUAUGGUGCCUUUGUGGAAUGAACCAGUGCACAGUUGAGAUUCAAAGGUUUUACUUCACAACAGCUACGGGGUAGUUCCCAGGCUCCUCCAACAGGGCAACAUACGGUACAUUAUACUUAAGACAUAUGAAGAAGAAAACAAGAAAUAGGGCAAGAAAAUACUGCAGAUGACUUCGAAUGACAAGGAAAUUAGACCAAAUAAAUGUAAUAAUGCUGGGUGAGUUCAUCAAAUGCCCUAUAUACCCCCCAAAAAUGAAUGAACAAAUAACAUGAAAGUUUGCUGGACACAGUCUCUGUACCUAAUGUUAAACCCUAUAUUCUUGUUUUUAUUUAUUAACCAAGCAUAAAAUUGGGACUUAGCCACUGCUAUACAAAAGAGAGGCAGUGUAAUUAGAGAUUAAUUCCGGGUUAUGAGCUCUUUCAUUUGUUAUUUUCCACGAUCCCUAGUAUUCUCGUGUCACAUUCUUUUACUUCUAAACGUUUUGCUUCAAGCGUCCUCCCUGAAGCUACCCUUGCUAAAACAAAGAUUGUACCUUUCAAGUGCACCUUCAAGUUGCUUAGAAAGAGGUAGCAGUGUUAGAGUUCUUAUUUCUUUCACUUUUACUUAUAUUAUUACACACUGAAACACUCAUUUAAUGUACUUCCAGGAGACAGUAAGAAUACAUACAUUCUCAAAUAGGAAAGCCGCCAUCAUGGAGGUCCCUCAGCCGUAUUUGUACUGUAGGAUUUGCCAAACUGUUUCUUUUUUGUGAUGGAGACAGUGUUUGGUCAGAUCACAACCUUUUGUGUGAACGUACAACUCUUUAUAAAAAUAAUAAUAUUUUACUAGCUGCUUUUGUGACUUUAAGAAACGUGCUUUACAUAUGUAGCUAAAUAAAAAAACAAGCAAUACUAGGCUAAAUAUUGCAGUAGGUCAGAUGGUAAGAAACCACUGUCCCAGUUCUUUUUUAAUUAAAAUUCCAAUAUCGAUAGCAGAUUAGUCGGCCAUGAUUUCUUCCAAAGUAGCAUACCUCACUUCCAAUAAAAAUGCAGUAACCUUAUUAAAGUAAUAGCACCAAUAUGAUUGUACAUUGCUGUUAUUACUUGCACAAGUGCAGCUCUGUAAGAUUUGCUGCAGAUAUAGUGU